AUGCUUUUCGUGGUGUUAAUUUUCGUCGUAGUGCGCGUCACGAGCGCAUCUGCUAUCGCCCACUCCACCUAUCCGGCGGUAGGUGGCAAAUCUGUCGACCUUGGCGUCCCUGUCAGCGAUGUAAGUCACUCUAAUCAAAGUGUAUCGAGUUCUGAUGACAAAAAAAUCGAUGAUAUCGAAGAGAGAGGUCAAACUUCUCAAAUGUUAGGUUUCAUCAAGGGUCUUACGACAAGACUUUGUUCUGGAGAAGAUUGA